CUAUUUCUCCAUGGAGGAGUGGGAGUAUUUAGAAGGACACAAGGAUCUCUACAAGGACGUCAUGAUGGAGAAUCAGCGGACUUUGAGUUUUGUGAAGAUUGUAAGGGAGGAAUUUCCCUGGAAUGAGACGAUAAUGAACCUCAUCCUGGAGAUCCUCAGCCUACUGACUGGAGAGAACUGUACAACAGUUACGAAGAAAUGUACUGGAAAUGACACAAGAAGGAGAAGUCAUUAUAUGACCACAAGGUCCUCGAGAAUCCAAAAUCGCAUCACCAUCCCCCGACCUCUGUCCCUGAUCCCUACAAGGCAGAACAUGCAGAAGAUUCUAGAAGUCACCAAGAAGGUGAUGGAGCUGCUGACAGAAGAGGUUCCUAUAAGGUGUCAGGAUGUCACUGUCUAUUUCUCCAUGGAGGAGUGGGAGUAUUUAGAAGGACACAAAGAUUUCUACAAGGACGUCAUGAUGCAGGAUCAGGAUGGAAUGGCGGCGACGUUUAUAGAAGAGGACAUUCCUACAGAGAUCAACACAGUCCAUCCGGCACCACACAGUUUAGAUGAACCAUCGAACACAUCAUUCAGCAGAGGACGUGUCAAUAGCCUGAACGGAGAUAUCCUGAGUUCACGCUGA